AUGGUCGUUUUUAAGCUUGAUGACGUUGAGAUUUUUUUCCCGUACGAUUAUAUUUAUCCUGAACAAUAUGCAUAUAUGAAAUAUUUAAAAAAAACGCUAGAUAGCGAAGGACAUUGUGUUUUAGAAAUGCCGACAGGGACAGGAAAGACGGUGGCUAUAUUUUCGCUUAUUACAUCUUAUCAAUAUCAUAAGAAAGAUGAAGGGAAAUUUAUUUUCUGUACGCGUACGGUUGCUGAAAUGGAAAAGUCACUAAUAGAAUUGAAGAAGGUUAUUGAAUACAGAAUUGAUGUAAUGAAGCAGAGAAAGGUAGAAAAGUUAAAAAAUGAAAAAGAUGAUGUAAAUGAUGACGUAAAUAAUGAUGAUGUAAAUAAUGAUGAUGUAAAUAAUGAUGUAAUAAAUAAUGAUGAUGUAAAUAAUGGUGUAGUAAUAAAAAAUGAUGAGGAAGGAGGAGGAAAUAAUUCAUUAGAUGGCUCAAAUGAAAAUGUCAAGGAAUAUAAUAACCAUGAUGAUCAUAUAAAUUAUUUAAAAGAAUUUGGGGAGAAUAGCGAAAUCCUUGCGAUCGGAAUUAGUGCUAGGAGAUGUAUGUGUAUUAAUGAUAAGGUUUUAUUAAAACAUGAAAGAGAAAAGAUUGACGAAGAAUGUCGUAAGCUAACAGCAACAUUUAUAAGAGAAAAGAAAUAUAUAAAUAAUAAAAUAGAUAAUGAGAUAUAUCAUCCGAACGUAGAUAAAAUAUCUGAUUUUAUUUUAAAGAAUAGACAUCAUUUAGAUAUAGAAGAUUAUUUCGAUAUAUACAAUUCAAGAAAUAGCUUAGAGGAAUAUGAUAAUAUUGGUUUAUGUGGUUAUUAUGAAAAUUAUAAGAAAGAAUUUUUGUACGAUUUAAUAAAACCAGGUGUAUAUACUAUUGAAGAUUUAAAAGUAUUAUGUAAAAAUUAUAAGAAUAAAGAAAAUGUGAGUGUACCUAUAUGUCCCUAUUUUUGUGCAAAAAAAAUUAUUGAAAUAUCAAAAGUUAUUAUAUUAAAUUAUCAGUAUGUUAUAGAUCCAAAGGUUUCAAAAGCAUUAUUUAAUUGGAAGGAUAUGAAUAAAAAUGUACAUUUGAAAAAUAAAAAUGACAUUAUUGUUUUUGACGAAGCACAUAAUAUUGAUAGUGUUUGUUUAGAGGCUUUGAGUGUUAACAUUGAUCGUAAUAUUUUAAAUAAGGCCUCUAUGAAUAUUACAAAAUUAAUGAAAAAAAUAGAGCAAUCCAAAAUGUUAAACGAACAAAAAUUAAAAGAAGAAUGUAAUAAAAUAUUGGAAAAAAUUAAGUUACAAAAAUGUAACCAAUCAUUAAGUGUUACAAAUAAUGUGAUAAAUGUAGAUAAUAUGAAAUGUAUAAAUCAUAGGGACAAUUUAAAUAAAACAGGAUCAGAUGUACACAUGGGUUGUCAUUUGGAAAAGGAAGCGAAUAGGAAUGAUGACAUUGAGGGAAACCGUGGGGAAUUAUUUGUAACAAAUGAACAGGAGAAAAAAAAGCGAAAAGUUGAAAGUAGUCCGGUGGCAUAUUUUGAUGAGGAUAUGAAUUUAAUGUUUUCUGAUUUUUUAUUGGAUGAGUCGUUUGGAGAUAAUGAAAAAAAAAAAAAAACUCAUGAUAAUAAUGAUGAUAUAAAUAAUAAUAAUGGUAUAAGUAAUAAUAAUAAUGAUAUAAAUAAUAAUAAUAAUAAUGAUAUAAAUAAUAAUAAUAAUAAUGAUAUAAAUAAUAAUAAUAAUGAUAUAAAUAAUAAUAAUAAUGAUAUAAAUAAUAAUAAUAAUGAUAUAAAUAAUAAUUAUUAUCAUAAUAAUUAUCAUAAUAAUUAUCAUAAUGCACUUCAAACGAAAGAUAACCUUUGGAGUGAUCCCAAACCAAAGGGGAGUAGUAAUAAAUCCCUAGUUACAUAUUCAAACAUAGAAAAAAAUAUGAAUAAUAAUAAUAAUAAUAAUGAAGAUGAAGAUCAUUUAAACGAUUUGUGUUAUAGCCCAUUAUUAAUGGAAGACAUUAUUAGAAAUGUUGUAAUACCAGGGAAUAUUCGGAAAUCAGAACAUUUUUUGAAUUUAAUGAGAAUAGUAGUAGUAUAUUUAAAAAAGUAUAUAAAUAUAUAUGAUAUAACAUCGGAAGGUCCACUUUCAUUUUUAUAUAAGUUUGAAAAGGAUACAAAAUUGGAUACAUCAUUUUUUAAAUAUUGUUUUGAUAGAUUAAAAUCAUUAUUAAAUAAUUUACAAAUAGUAAAUAUUGAAGAUUAUUCAUCAUUAAAUAUUGUAUGUAAUUUCUGUACAUUAUUAGGAAAUUAUUUUAAAGGAUUUAUAAUAAUAUGUGAGCCAUAUCCCGAGGCAACCGGAAUAUAUGAUCCAUUAAUUCAAUUUGCAUGUUUAGAUUCAUCAAUAGCAAUGAAAACAGUAAUAAACAAAUAUAAAUCAAUUAUAUUAACAAGUGGUACUAUUACUCCUUUAGAAUUAUAUCCCAAAUUACUGAAUUUUAAAACCGUUUUAACAGCUUCCUUCCCAAUGUCUUUUGAUAGAAAUUGUGUAUGUCCAUUAAUUGUAACCAAAGGAUCUGAUUUAAUACCAUUAUCAUCUCAAUUUUCUUUAAGAAAUGAUUUAAGUGUAAUAAAAAAUUAUGGUAUCUUAUUAGUAGAUAUGUGCAAAUGUAUACCUGAUGGUAUUGUAGCUUAUUUCCCAUCAUAUAUUUAUAUGGAACAAGUUAUUUCGUCAUGGUAUGAAUUAGGUGUUAUAGCAAAUAUAUUAGAUUAUAAAUUAAUUUUUAUCGAAACCAAAGAUAUUGUAUCAACAACUAUUGCUUUACAUAAUUUUAAAAAAGCUUGCGAUUUAGGAAAAGGAGCAGUGUUCUUAUCUAUUUGUAGAGGGAAAAUUGCAGAAGGUAUAGAUUUUGAUAAACACUAUGGGAAAUGUGUUAUCCUAUUUGGGAUACCGUAUCAAUAUACAUUAUCAAAAAUAUUAAAAUCUAGAUUAGACUUCUUAAAAGAAACCUAUAAUAUACAAGAAAAUGAAUUCCUAACUUUUGAUGCUAUGAGACAAGCCUCGCAAUGUGUUGGACGAAUUAUUAGAAAUAAAAAAGAUUAUGGUAUUAUGAUUUUCUCAGACAUCAGAUAUGCUAAGCAUGAUAAAAAAAAUAAAUUACCUCCUUGGAUUAUUAAAUGUAUGGAUAUAUCUAAUAUCAAUCUAACCGUAACUACAGCUGUAGACAUAUCAAAACAAUUCUUAUUAAACAUGUCACAAGAAUAUAGAGAAACCGGACAAACAAAAAUAUCACAACUUAUGUUGAAAAAUCAGGCCAAAUGUUGGACCAUGGUUAAAUCUAUACUAAACAUGGAUGACUUUAUAUAA